AUGGCUUUAUGGGUUGACAAAUAUCGCCCCAAGCAAUUGUUUGGUAAAGAUGGUGUGACUUUCAAUUUGGAACAAGCACAACAUUUGAAAUAUCUCGUGUCUGACAAUAGUAUGCCUCAUUUGUUAUUCUGUGGACCAAGUGGAGCCGGAAAGAAAACGAGGAUUAAGUGCUUGUUGAGAGAGUUGUAUGGUGCAGGAGCGGAUCGAACUCAGUUACUUGUUAAAAACUUUGUAACACCAUCGAAUCGAAAGUUGGAAAUUCAGACUGUUUCGAGUAACUAUCAUAUUGAAUUGACGCCUUCGUAAGUUGCCUUUGUUUCUUUUCGAAUUUCAAAUCUGUAGAUUUUGACUUGCUAAUCAUAAUCAAAUUUUUAAAAACUUUCAAUCUCAGCGUUAAAUAUAAUGUAUGUAGCGACGUUUGGGGCUAUAGUAGGCUAGAACUGACUUACGAAUUACAGAAAAACAUUUUAGAAAUAAGAUCAUAAGUAUUUAUGAAAUUUCUAAAAAUGGCAGUCGAUCUAAAUUUUUUAUUUCUCACGUCAAAAAUUAUAUUAUUCCAGAGAUGUUGGAAUUUACGAUCGUGUAGUUGUGCAAGAUAUCGUCAAAGAAAUGGCUCAAACAUCUCAAAUCGACAGCGGUGCUCAAAAACCAUUCAAAGUCGUAGUUCUUUCUGAAGCUGAUAGUUUAACAAGAGAUGCACAACAUGGACUUCGACGAACUAUGGAAAAAUAUGCGAAUAAUUGCAGAAUUAUUCUAUGCUGUGAAUCGCUUUCUCGAAUCAUUGAACCACUUCAAUCUCGUUGUAUUGUUGUAAAUGUUCCAGCUCCAACAGAAAAUGAUAUUUCAUUGAUAAUUCGCGAUGUUUUGAAUCGUGAAAGAGUUGAGAUGCCUGAAGCAGUUAUUGAGCAAAUUAUAAAGAAAUCUGAACGAAAUUUGCGCCGAGCACUUUUGAUGGCUGAGGCGACAAGAAUGCAGAAUGGAAAUACAAUUAAUGACAAUUUUAUUGUGCCGAAACCUGAGUGGGAAACUUAUAUUGAAGAAACUGCAAAGCUUAUUUUAUCCAAACAAAGUAGCGAAAUUGUUGCCAAGGUAAAUAAAUUUUGAAUUGAAAAUUAUAGAAAAAAAAAUGAAAUUUUUCAGGUUCGCGAAAGAAUUUAUGAGGUGCUUUCGAGAUGUAUUCCACCCAAUAUUAUUUUCAAUGUGAGUUUUUAAUCCAAGAUUAGUGUAAAAAUAUUUUUCAAUUUUUCCUUCCAGAAACUUCUUGAAUUCCUUCUGCCAAAAUGCGCCGAUGAAAUUGUCAGUGAAAUUGUCAGCGAAGCUGCUUAUUUUGAACAUCGCCUUGUUUUGGGACAAAAAGCCAUUUUUCACAUCGAAGCUUUUGUUGUUGCUUUUAUGGAUAUUUAUUUAACACACUCUUCGAAACCUAAAUAA